GCGCGGGGCGGCGGCUAUCCCGGCACCGGAGGUCCGCGCGGCGCCUGGCUACCCUGCGGUCGCCCCAGUGCUGUCCCGCCGGGCGGGCAUGGGUGCGGACGCCGGCGGCGGCACCAUGAGCGCCCUGGGCAGCCCGGUCCGCGCGUACGACUUUCUGCUCAAGUUCUUGCUGGUGGGCGACAGCGACGUGGGCAAGGGCGAGAUCCUGGCGAGCCUGCAGGACGGCGCGGCGGAGUCCCCGUACGGCCACCCGGCGGGCAUCGACUACAAGACCACCACCAUCCUGCUGGACGGCCGACGCGUGAAGCUGCAGCUCUGGGACACGUCCGGGCAGGGAAGGUUUUGUACCAUAUUCCGCUCCUACUCGCGGGGUGCACAGGGUGCAAUCCUGGUCUACGACAUCGCAAACCGCUGGUCCUUCGAUGGCAUCAACCGGUGGAUUAAGGAGAUAGACGAGCACGCCCCUGGGGUCCCUAAAAUCCUGGUGGGGAACCGCCUGCACCUGGCCUUCAAGCGGCAGGUCCCCACGGAGCAGGCACGGGCCUACGCGGAGCGCCUGGGAGUGACCUUCUUCGAGGUCAGCUCUCUGUGCAACUUCAACAUCACCGAGUCCUUCACGGAGCUGGCCAGGACGGUGCUGCUGCGGCAUGGGAUGGACCGGCUGUGGCGGCCCAGCAAGGUACUGAGCUUGCAGGACCUGUGCUGCCGAGCCGUGGUGUCCUGCACGCCGGUGCACCUGGUGGACAAGCUCCCACUCCCCAUGGCCUUGAGAAGCCACCUCAAGUCGUUCUCCAUGGCCAAUGGCCUGAACGCCAGGAUGAUGCACGGCCGCUCCUACUCCCUCACCACUGGCUCCAGCCACAAGAGGGGCAGCCUCCGCAAAGUCAAGGCCACCCGCCCGCCCCAGAGCCCGCCCAGACGCUGCGCCAGAAAGAGCUGUAAAGUGUCCUAAGGCAGAUGCGAGCAAGAUGCGCGCUGGACCCUUCAGGACACUCGGAGCCAUUACACGGGACCGUGGAGGUUGUGCUAGAGCCAAGAAAUGCCACCAGCCUCUCUGGUGACCAUGCCGCCCCGUGCAGGGAAAACGGGUCCCGCUGCUCAACUUCGAUGUUUCUAUGUGGGUGUGCAUGACGCUCUUGUUUAGGGAAAAUGGGGACUCUGCUCACCUUUGAUGACACGAAGUCUGCAUGUUACCUCUGCCGUGAGCACAGCGCAAUUGUUUCCUUAAAAUAACAGCUUUUGUAGGAAUGGUAAGAUGCGCGGGAUGAGGGUAAAUUCAAGGGACUCUGAAAACAGUGAUAGGUAGAUCAGAGUCAUCAACAUUACAAGGGGCCUUUUUGUAACCCUCCUUUUUAACGUCAAAGCACUAAUUUAUAAUAAGCUGCAGAGACAUUCGAGGUUAAGCUCAACAGAUCUGUCCAGCGUGUGUGCGAAAUGGAUUUGAUAAAGUUUUUGCUAUGUUAUUUACUACGUUUUGGGGUUUAUAUGCAUAUUUUUCUGUAAAUCUACUUUUUUUUUUGUAUAAAAUGUUCCGCAAGUUAUGAAGCUAAGAAAAGAAAAUGCCAAAGAUAUCUGUAGUUACGUUGAACUGAGCCCCAGCAGUUACAGCAGAUCAAAUCGGCAAGAAAACGUUACUGAGCCGUUCAGGAGGAAUGAAGCAAACUCUGUCGUGUAAGGAACUUUCUCAACAAUAAAUGUAUAUUGUUUCUUGGUACA